AUGCAUCCUGUCCUCCUCCAGGCCGAAUCCAAAACCACCACCAUCCUCGCCAUCCUGACCCUCACCCUCGCGCUUGCGCCCAUGGCUCCCAUCCCGACGGCGACGCGAGUCCAGGCGGUGAAGCAGGAAUGGCACGCGCCUGCAGAGUCGAACGUGAACAACUUGACAACGGCCGUUCACGGACAGGGCACGUAUGGGUUCAUCUUCAAUCGCAGCGACACACCGGACGACAAGUACGGGACAUACAACUACUGCAACAUGCCCCAUGUCAGGGCCAAGGAGUACGUCAAGGUGGACAAGAACGCGUUUGAGCUGCAAUAUGUCGAAUUGAUUCAUCGCCACCACAAGCGCACGCCCUACGCGUCCAAUGCCUUCCCAGUCGAGCCCUAUCAAUGGAACUGCGACGACCAGGGCCUGUACUUCUACGGCCGCCCCUUUGAUGGCCACGAUGCCGCCAAGGGCUAUCGCGCGGGCUUCAUCUCGGACGUGAAUCCCUACGUCCCCAGCGGGUGGAUCGGCAGCUGCCAGUUCCCGCAGAUCACGCCCGGCGGCUUGGAUGACUCCUGGCAGCACGGCGCGGAUCUGUACGGCGUCUAUGGCCAGGAGCUCGGAUUCCUGCCGGCCAAGGGCGACAAGAGCUUCGACGACAAGGUCAAGUACCGCGUGACCAACAAUGUCAUCACCAGCCAGGUCGCGGGCAUGCUCAUCAACGGCAUGUGGGGGACCACUGAAGAUGUCCCACUCCACGUCCAGGCCACCAACAUUGACAGCCUCGAGCCCCAGUAUAGCUGCCCUACGGGCGCGAACGUGUUCAACAACAUCAAGUCGAACAACAACCCCGAGUGGAGGAGCCAUCUUGAGGAGGCUGAGGAGCUCUAUCGCGCCCUGGAUGAUAUCUCGGGCGUUGAUGCCGGCGGCAACUUCCACGCCUCCUUCGACCCUUAUUUCGACAACCUUUCCUCGCGCCAGUGCCAUGGCAAACCCCUCCCCUGCAAGCUCGUCGACGGCGUGGAGAUUGAUGACUGCAUCACCCAGGAGAUGGCUGAUGCUGUGUACCGACUCGGUCACUGGGAAUACAGCCAAAUGUACCGCGACCAUCCCGACUCGUUCUCGGCCGCCUCAGCCAACUUUGGCGUCUGGGUCGCCGAGCUGGCUGUCCACCUGCGCGAGGUCAUGGAUGGCAAACGCGAGACCAUCUACUUCCACAAUAUUGCCCACGACGGCUCCGUCUCCCGCCUUCUGAGCUUGCUCCAGAUUGACGAGAUGGUCUGGCCUGGCAUGGGCGCCGAGGUCGUUUUCGAGCUCUACAAGAAGAAGAAGGCUGGUGGCGGCGCUCAGCCGCCCAAGCCCACGUCGACGGUCGUUGCGCCCGACUGCAGCCACAACAACUGCCUGCGCCAGAUGAUCCGUCACUCCGAAGCCGCCCGAUCGCUGUGCCCCAGCCUCACGCGCUCCAACACGGCCGAAUCCCUGCCGACGUGGCCCGUCGAGUGCGACGACGUCGAGGAAAUAUACUCGGCAUGCUCCUGCUUGGAUCUCCAGGCCACGGCUACAGCGACAGACAGCCCGAUUCCUGCGCCCACCGCCACCACAACGCCCAGCGACAGCGGCUUCUAUGUCCGCGUCCUGUUCAAUGGGCAGGUCUUCAAGUCCUCGAACCCCACGUUGGGCGAGAUCGACAUGCUCGCCGCGGAGACCCUGCUGGCUUAUUUUGACGAUAUAGCUGGCAAGAGGGCAAGCAAGGUUAGGGACCGAUGCGGCAACUGA